CUCAUUCAGUGGUGACGGUUUAGUAGGUCUAGGUAUGCACAAACGCCAACUGCACUCUGAGUGGCAUAUAAUAAUUUUAUUAUACAAAUAUUAAAUAACCGCAAAACACAAUAAUGCGAAAAAAAAUUAAUAUCCAUUUCAAAAAUAUUCUAACUAUUGUUUUGUUCUUUUCGUUAUUUGGUGUUUUACUGUUACAUUCGGGAAGACAUAGUGAUUUUGUGGACAAUCUUAUUCAACCGGAAGAAUCAGUUCUUGGUGAAAUUAUCGAAUCAGAUCAAGCUAAUGAUCUUAAGUCGAUUGUAAGGUGUAUCGAUAGACCAUUUCAACUGGAGAAAAUUCAAGACGGAUCAUUUUGGAUACUUAAAAACUAUAUUCGAGCUGACCAUGGUGAAUUGAAUUGCGCCGAGAGUAUAACAUAUACAACACAUGGAGAUCUGACGUUUUUGGGUAAUUUAAAAGAACUUUUGCCAAGAUGGAACGCUCCUGUGAGUUUUGCAAUCUAUGCUCCUGGAACAGAUUUUAAUAAGGCACUAGAGGCCAUUCAAUACGUUCGUAAUUGCUUCAAGGAAAGUGAUCUGAUACAAUACUAUGUUACCUUCCAUAUAUACUUCCCCAAAGACCAUAUGCCGAAAAUUGUUCCCUUGACCGAAACUGAUGCCUUAUAUUGGCCAUACGAUUGUUCCUUUCCACCGCCAUAUGAGAACAUCAAACGAAGUUCCAUGUACAAACAAAGUCAUAAUCUUGACUAUCCUAUCAAUGUAGGUAGAAAUAUUGCCCGAAAAGCAGCUCUCACACAUUUCAUAUUUGCAAGUGAUAUCGAGCUUUAUCCGAAUCCAGGAUUCGUAGAUGAAUUUAUCAAAAUGAUUAUUCGGAAUUCAAGUCUUCUGUCCGGGGAGAAACCAAGGGUUUUUCCCUUAGCAGCUUUUGAAAUUGAUAAACAUGCAAAAAUGCCCGAAACCAAAACCGAACUACAGGCAUAUUUAAAAAACAAAACCGCCAUUCCGUUUCAUAAGAAAGUUUGCAGUUCCUGCCAUGAUAUUCCCAACAUGGCCAACUGGAUGACAGCCAAUGAAACGGAGGAAAUGGACGUUUUCGUAGUCGGAAAAAGAAGGUUAAAACAAGUCUAUUGGGAGCCGUUUUACGUGAGUGACAAUACUGAGCCGUUCUUUGACGAACGCGUCACAUGGGAAGGUCAAAAAAAUAAACGCAUACAAGGAUUUGCCAUGUGUUUGCUCGACUAUGAGUAUCACGUGUUAAAUAAUGCUUUUCUCAUACAUAGUCCAGGAAUUAAGGUUUUCAAACGAGAUCUAGCUCGUGAAAAACAUGUUGUGGUUAUGAAUGCUAUAAUAAAAAACGAAAUCGUACCCGAAUACAAAAUAUUGUAUGGAAAUCGAAGAGGUUGUAAUCCUUAAAUGCGGUUUAUUUUCAAAUAGUAGAGUAAGAUGAUAAAUGUUUGUAUUUAUAGGUAGUCUCUGAAUAAAACUUAAUAUUUAUGAAUUUUGUAA